ACCCUCAGUGGUCCUCACUCCGUCAGUCUCAAAGUGCUGCGCCUAUCGCGCCCUUCUCUCGCGACGCAGGAUCCCCUCCCACCGACCGCGUUCGGCGAUGGCCUGGACAUCUCACCUCAAGCCGGACUCGCCAACCCUUCUGCUCUGGACGCCGCGGAAGCUGGAGGCGCAGCAGGUCCAGGUGGCUCGUCUUUCUCGCUCACGCCGUUGCUGAUGCUGCCUGCUGCCUUUGGUGCGGCAUAUGUAGGAGAGAUGUUUGCGUGCACCCUGUGCGCGAACAACGAGUUGCCGCCCAUAGACGGAGAGGAUGUGCAAGGUCAUACAGGAAAGAGCGUGAGCGACGUGCAGAUCGUAGCGGCGUUACAAUCUUCAAGUCAUCAACAAGGCUUGACGCUCGCUCUGGAAGGAGAUUCGGACACGAAAGGAGAGGAGUUGGAGAGCGGUGCGACGAUCCAAAGGACGCUGCGGCAUGAGCUCAAAGAUGAGGGACCACAUGUGCUCGCAGUCACAGUCACGUAUACCGAGACGACCAGAACGGGUGCUGCGGCGGACAUCGCGCGUACCAGAACGUUUCGGAAACUCUACCAAUUCGUCUCGCAGCCGCUGAUCGCCGUGCGAUCCAAAGUCACCGAGCGCAGCAAAAGGACCUCGGAUGCGCCUGGGGCGCUGCGGUCAUGGAUCCUCGAAGCGCAACUCGAGAACGUGGGCGAGGCGACCGUGGUCAUGAAGAAAGUCUAUCUGAAAGAGAAGGAAGGCAUCACGAGCGAGGCGAUUGGGAGUUAUGGAGGAGAAGACGGCGACGAUGUGAAGGAGGCCGUCGUGCUGAAACCACAGGAUGUCGAACAGGUCAUGUUCCUGGUGAGCGAGAAGACGCAGCCUGCGGUCAGCGAGAUCACAACGCGACCUAUCCUCGCACAGUUGUCUGUGGAAUGGCAGAGCGUCAUGGGUGAGAAGGGCAGUCUGACGACGGGAUGGUUGGCUGGAAAA